AGGGUAUAUCCGAGGCCAAGCAGAACUACAGCCAUAGAUGUUCCAAGGACAACAAGUGCACUGUCUGCUCCCAGAGCUUCACUACUGAGAGCCAACUACAGAGGCACCAGCGUGACCAUGAGGCCAACGACAAGCCUCACCGGUGCGAUCAGUGUUCCCAGACGUUUAACGUGGAGUUCAACCUCACGCUCCACAAGUCCACACACGCCACCUCGGACCCCACCUGCCCGGUGUGCCACAAGAAGUUCUCCCGCGUGGCCAGUCUCAAGUCCCAUAUCAUGCUGCAUGAGAAGGAGGAGAAUCUGAUCUGUACAGAGUGUGGCGACGAGUUCAUUCUCCACAGCCAGCUCGUGCUGCAUCUGGAGGAGCACCGCAAAGAGCUGUCUGGGGCCAAGGUGUACCCCUGCAAGACCUGCAGCAAGGAGUUCAAGAUGGCGGGCCAGCUCAAGGAGCACACCAAGACCCACGUCAAGAUGAGGCCACUCAGCUCGAAUUCCAGAAACUACAAGAAGAAUAUAGAUCGCAGUGGAUUCACCAACAGCUGUCAGCACUGUGGCAAGACGUUUAAAAAGCCCAGCCAGCUCGUUCGACACACACGAAUACACACAG